GUCCCGCCCGCCUCCUGUCAGCCCGCCGCCGGACCCGGCUCGCCACAGAGGGGCUACCGCUGCGGGCAAGCGGGGUGCUGCGGGUCGGCGGCCAGCCUCGGGGGUGGCUCUGGCGUGGGUGGCCUCCGUCCUCCCGUCCAAGUGUUGUGAGGGGAGCGGGGUCCCCGCCGCUUCUCGUUGCCCGGUCCCGUCGCCGCGGCGGCUCAUGAGGUGAAAGAUGGUGAUCCGCGUCUUCGUCGCCUCCUCCUCGGGCUCGGUGGCGAUAAAGAAGAGGCAACAAGAUGUGGUGAGGUUUCUGGAGGCCAAUCGCAUAGAGUUUGAAGAAGUGGAUAUCACCAUGUCAGAGGAGAAAAGACAAUGGAUGUAUAAAAACAUUCCUGAGGAUAGGCAGCCCGCGCAGGGCAACCCACUGCCACCGCAGAUAUUCAUCGAUGAUCGGUACUGUGGGGAUUACGAUAGCUUUUUUGAAUCAAAGGAGAGCAACACUGUCUUCGCCUUUCUUGGCCUCAAACCUACUUUGGCAUCAAAGGAGUCGGAACCCUAGAAGGACUAUCUGAAGUAUGGAUGGACACACCUCCCAGAUGAACGACCCUGUUCUUCAGCACACAACAGCUUCCCUAAUGGAUCACUGUGACAGAGCAAACACGUCAUUAGUAGCAGUCUGCUUGCCACCGGACGCUGCUCUCCAGUAAUUUGGAGUUAAUUACACACGUAUGAAACAGGAUUAAGGCCAGGCUACUCACCUUCCUUUUUUAAAAAUGCUCAUUGUGGAUGUUUCACUCUUGUCUUUGGAUUGCUGUUGCAACUGGCACUGAUAUUCUAACAGGCACGUGUGUUUGAGGAUAAGGAGUGGAAGUGUUGGGCUUCUGUCCCUCAUGGAUACACUUACGUAAUCAGAUUCCUUACCUUUUUUAAUUCUUCCAACUACUGUAGUUGAAAUUAGCUCCUCAGGAUAGUUAAAGUGCUGGUGGUUAUUAGAACGUUUAUGCUGGCUAUGAUCCAGAAGGUAAAAAUCAUCAAUCCUAAGAUCUCAGUCUAAGCCAAUAACUGCCGUAAUUUUUUGCUCUACGUUUAUUUAUUGCGAUAUUUAUGUUAGCUCCUGUUUAUUGUAAGAGACACGGGCUGCUAAACUUCUUCACGAAAACUUGAUUUGUCUGACGAUGCACAUUGCCACUGACUGUUUAAAACCACUUGUUGUCAUCAUGGAGGAGAUGCCAAAGUGAAAUAUGUUGAGAUGGUUCCUGGUCCAAAUGCGGGUGAAAUGCGCAGGAAAACACUUGGUGAAAAAUACCGGGUAGUUCAGGAGAGGUCUCAUAGCUAGUGAUUAUAUUGUUCUCUCUUGACUGGGAGAGGCUUUAACACCCAAAGCUGGAGCUCUGUAGUUGGACUAUCUUAAAAUGAAGUUUUGCCAAAAACCUUGAGUUUACCUUCAACAACACACAGCUCCACCAUGAGCCACGUGAGAGUCAGGGGGAUACUUUGAGAGCCAGGGCUUGGUCCCAUGAAUGGUUAAACCCUCUACCAUGGUCCAAGAACACACCUAACCCACCCGGCUGUUGUCCUGGUUAUAUCUCCAGGCAUGGAAGUGUGGAGGUGCCUCAGGGACAGCAAGGAAGCUGAGGGUGGGCUCAGCUGAGGAGCAGGAGCCAAGCGAAGGAAGUGGAGGUGGUUCCAGUGGGACAGCAUUGAUGCCCAUCCCAGAACUUAGGCCUGUGACUUGCCAAUAACCAUUUAAAAAAUGCAUUCUAGACAGAAGUCAAAUUGCAUUAUGCAUUUUGAAUCAAGUCUGGCUGUAGCAAUAACAGCUAUGCUGUGCUGGAGCUUUUACUCCAGUGAUUUCGUAAUGAGAGGGCAGUGCCAUUCCAGGAAAUGUCCUGAUGUCUUUGGGUAAAUGAAAAUCAACAGUAUAUGGGAAAGCUGCUUUGCAAUCCCAGCAUCACUCAGACUGUGUGCUUUGAAGGACGCCAAACUUGUAAAAAGUGUCAGAAAGCAACACUUUGUGCAACAAAUCCUGUGUUCUGUUUAGAAUCAGUAACCGUGGCAUUCGAGAGGUGUUAGUGGGAAGGGAGAGGUGGAGGUCCAGCACUGCCAAAAUCAGGGCUGACACCAACACCAGCUCAGGUCGGGUAUGGAUUUGUCCAGCAGAAUGUUAAAAAUAUCCAAAGAUGAAGAUCUCAUAACCCUCUGGGUAACCUGUCCCAAUGCUCCAGUGAUCUUCUAGUGAAAACUUCCUUUUCAUGUCCAGCCUCAGCUCCCAGGGUGUAAUUUGUGUCCAUUUCCUUUGCUGUUUCCUGGCACUCAUGGGAAGGGAUUGGCACCAUCCUUUGUGUUGCUGCCCUCAAGACAGUGGUAGGCUACUGUUAGGUCACCUCUUGGCCACCUUCUUACCAGACCAAACAAGGACCAGGUGGAGCGAGGAGCACCAAAGUCUGUGGUUCUAUUUACUGGUCAAAAUCUUUAGCUGCAGCACCUUCUCUAGAGGAAUCCUGAAUGGGAGUUCAGAACAUGCAUAUAUGUAGAUGUAUAUACGUAUAUGGAUGUGCAUUUUUAAGAAAUACUUUGCCUGUGGUAAGUUACUGUGAUGUUUUUGUCACCAAUGCCAUGUUUUCAUGAGACAAGAACCUCACCGUAGGAAGGGGGUGUGACGUGAGGUGGAGCUGUAUGUUGUUAACUUCACCCAGUUCAGUAUAACUAUUCCUAAAAAAAAACCACAAAAAAAACAGUUAAAGAAAAAUAUUUAACUUUACAAAUGAAUACAGGUAGAAAUUUACGUAAUUAUGCAGUUGAUUACAGAGAAGCCAUCCUGGAUUUAUCCUGUACUUGAUAUGUUGUAAACUUUGAGAACUGCCUGAAGUUCCAGUUCUGAAAAACUUAUUUAGGUAGCGUGUCAGAAAAUAAAUCCACGUGAGGAAUCCUGGGCCAGAUCCCAGGUUUACUGACGGGAGAGGCAAAACCCAGCGCUGAUUUCUCCAGGGAUGAAAUUAGUUUCACCAAACUCCUCUGGAGUUUUUGAUAACUGUAGAAUAGAAGGCUAGCUUGUUUCAGAGCACGCGUGGUGGCACCGGCGGUGGUGUGGAGGACAACACUAGCUCCAAAGACAUCCUGCUUGCUUGCAUGGAUUGGCAGUGUAAGUCCCUUAGGAGAUGUGCUUUUGAAUUAUAAAAGUGGCUAGUUUUAAAAAAAAAAAAAAAAAAAAAAAA